AUGUCCUCGAACAGAACCAUUGGGACACUGAAUGGCACUCGCCAUCGUGAACUUCCGUGCGUCAACUUCAAAAAGCUGUACCUAAUGCCGGGAGAUCCUGGAUACAUUCUCUGGACAGCAGCGAAACGGUCCUUUCGCGUGGCAGUUACGGAGGCCCUCAAGUGGCAAUUCGAAGGUGAUGAGCUUGACGAUGUGCUGAAUGAUGUUCUUUCGACCUGGCCAGUUGUUAUCGGGGAGUUGGGAGAGCCGUUCGGGCUAGUUUCGCUGGUUGACCACCAAAGGAUCGCAGCGUGGGGUGAUCUUGGUACGCAUGAGCGCCGCCUGAGCAUAGUGGUACAUAAGAAGAUCCUGAGCCUGUCCCAGGCGUUUGAGAAAUGCCGAGCGGGGGCGCACGCGAUUGAAUCUGGCAUGAAUGACGCCUCAAGAAUUGCUUGUCAAGCGAGUCAGUUAUAUACUUGCAAUAUAACAGGACUUGCGAGAUACCCUGGCGACUCGUCGGGGGAAAGUAUUCCAUAG